AUGCUAUUCUAUUUUAUUGCUCUUUUCAAUUGCUUGGUGCUGGUUAAAAAUGUGAUCUCCGCCGAGCCGCUCUGUCACGAUUUGACGCGCUGCGCAAUGAACAAAUGCAUCAAACCUCUGCCACAACCAUUUCCGGCUAAGGAGAAUCUCCUCGAGUUCCUGCUCCACCACGCGAAUUUUGCUUGCGUAUUUGGCAGUGCUUGUCAAGAGGCCUGCAGAAAGUGCCCCCACUGCAAGUACACCCAGGAUCAGAUCAAGCACUUUGUGCUCAAUCAAAAAACAGAUGGUCUCUGUCCCAAUCUCGAAGCCUGUGCCCAGAGAUGUGUAAAGGAGGAGAUAGCGACUGAUCCGUUCGGCUGCGUAUUCAAGCGAAAUUGUGCAAAAUACUGUUACGAUGAAUCGGAAUGUGCACCCUGUUAUCAAACGGUCAAGCGCGUUUUUACAGGCGUUUGCAAAAAGCACCUCUUCGACGAAGCCUACAACCAAAAAUGCCGGCCCCUUUACGAAGAUAGCGCAAAAUUCCUCGUAUCACGGGUCAAAAAACUUUACAAA